AUGUUUUGUCCACUCGUUUGGCUCUGCUCAGCCGGUAGCCUUCCUUCACCAAUGCCGCCAAUUAUUCUUCCUCCAACCCCGUGCGCUGCCAAUUCGACCUCCCUCCCCGCCGGCGACGCCAUUCCUCACCGGAACCGAAAGCCGACAACGCGCCGCCAACGCUGCCGCAUCAGUGUCACCACCGCGUCCUCUUCAUCGGCCUUGUCCGCCGCCCCGGCCCUCAUCGCCAACGCCCCCACGCCCCGCGCAUUCUCCGCGCUUUUCAAGGCCGCCUCAUCCUCCUCCCCCUCCCACUCCCUGGGUGCGCAGCUCCACGCGCAGGCCGUGGUGCGUGGCUUCUUGGGCGACGGGGAUAACACCAUCCUCUCCACCGCCAUCCUCAACUUCUACGCCUCAUGCCGGGAGCCCGACCUUGCGCGCCAGGUGUUCGACAGGAUGGCACGCAGGAACGCCGUCACCUGGAACGCGCUCAUCAAAGGGUACGCGCAGGCGGGCCGCCGGGACGAGGCGCUGGCGCUGUUCCGCUGCAUGAGGAGGCAUGACCGUGUCGCCCCCGACAAGUACACGUUCCCGGCGCUGCUGUCCGGCAUUGGCAGGAACCGUGGUGGCGUCUGCGUGCAAGAACUCGGGGGAGCCGUGCACGCGCAGGUAGUCAAAUCCGGGCUGGACAAGGAUCCCUUUGUGGGUGCUUCCCUCGUUUCUAUGUACGCGGCUACAGGAGCACUGGAAGAUGUGAAGGCCGUCUUUGAUGAUGUGGAUACUUUGGACCCGGUUGUCUGGUCUUCUAUGAUCUCCGCGUAUGUCAACUGCAAGGAGGAAGAAGCUGCUCUCCUUACAUUCUACAAGAUGUUGUGCCAAGAUAUUAAGCCGAGGCAGUUUGUCUACUCCAGCCUGUUUGCCAUCUGUGGGAGCAUGUCGAUGCUGGAGAUGGGCAGGCAAGUUCAUGCCCACAGCCUGAAGAACAUAACUGACAAGGAUGCCGCCAUGACAAAUGCACUUUUAACCAUGUACUCUGAUUGUGGAUGCAUUGAUGAUGCAUGGAGAGUCUUCAAUUCGAACGACGUUGUGGAUGUAAUAUCCUACAAUUCAAUGAUUUUGGCUCUUGGGCAGCAUGCACGCCCGAAAGAAGCAGUUGAACUUUUCAAGCGGAUGAAGUUUUCUGGCUUGAUACCUGAUGAGGUCACCUUACUGAAUCUUCUUUCCGCUUUCAACCAUGCUGGUCUUAUUCAUGAAGGUUUGCAUUUAUUCGAUUCCAUGUUGGAUAUGGAGGGCAUAAAACCGACGUAUCAACAUUAUGCCUGUGUUAUCGACAUGCUGGCUCGAUCAGGAGAAAUCGAGGAAUCCAUGAAAACAAUUAAGGAAAUGCCCUUUGAAGCUGAAACAUCCUUAUGGAGGAUUGUUCUUGGUGCUUGUAGCAAACACGGUGACAUUGAAACGGGCAUCAAGAUUGCAGAAAUGCUGUUUGAGAUGGAACCUUAUGAGCCAACAAAUUAUAUACUACUUGGUAACAUCUGUGCAAGAUUAGGAAGGUGGACAGAAGCAGAAAAGGUUAGAAGUUUGAUGGAAAAGAGAGGUAUAGAUGGGGAUGAUGCCUUUAGUUGGAUCGAAAUGGGCCAAACGACACAUAGAUUUGGUGUUGAUGACCGUUCACACCCCAUCUCCGAGGAGAUAUAUAGGAAUUUGGAUAGGUUGAUAGGUAGUAUCAAGGCUGCAGGUUAUGUGCCUGAUACCAGUUUUGCCACACACAGCACAGAAAAAGACAGAAGAGAAGAAUCACUACGUUAUCACUGCGAAAAGCUGGCCUUUGCUUUUGGGGAUUUGGCUUCUCCUUCUGGAGACACACUCCGCAUCAUGAAGAACCUCCGUGUUUGUGGUGAUUGCCAUUCUGCAUACAAAUACUUCUCCCUCGUCACAGGAAGAAAAAUAGUACUGAGAGACAACCACAGUGCUAUAUUUGUUGUUGCCCAAAAAUGUUUAAAGCUCCAAGCUUUACAUCCCCAACGAUUUCUUUACCCAAGGUACAUAAUUUUUUCCAUGGUAAUUAGUAAUGUCCUUUUUAUUUAUUAA